UGUUUUCAGCCCACGGACUUCCCGCUCCCUCCUCCGCUCCUUUCUAACCGCGGUUUCAUUUCAUUCUGCUUCUCCCCCUAAACCCCCAAAUAAAGACUGUAACUUCCCCCAACAUUUAUUACCCAUCUCUCUAACUCCUUUGAGAUCUCUCUCCAUCUCUCUCCUCUCUCUCUCUCGGAGUGGUUCGUCUCCAACCCAACGAAUCCAACCAAUCGGGCUCUCUCAGUCCCUUUCAGAUCUGAUCCUGCUUAAAUUCAUUGAAUGUUUAAAGUUUAAAAUUUUAAGGGCUGUGUUGUAAUGAGUUAGUGCUUGAACUUCAUUCUUCCCAGCCUCAUGGAGAAGGAGGCUUCAGCUAAGGAAGAUAUCACAAGUUCUGGAAAUUCUCAAGAUUUGGACAAAGAUACACUUGCUCUUUGUAAAGAUCUGGGUGAAGCAUCAAAGGAGACGACAACUAUGAGCAUCAGCACUGGUGGUCCCAAGUUAGACGAGGAUGGUGGAGAAGAUGUACUAGUUGAUAAGAUGGCCAGGAGCGGGGAUGUGAAGUCUAAAGAUGGGGGAAAAAAAUUAGGCAAUAAUCCAAGUCAGAGGGACAUAGGUGAGAAGAUCGAUGAGAGUAGGGAUUUGGAAUCAAAAAUUCAAGAAAAAGAAUUAGACUCUGAUCAUAAGGUGGAGUCUGAAAAACAAGAAGCAAAAACGCACAAUGAUGGUUUACAGAAUAACUUGGGUAGGAAGGCAGAUGAAAGUAAGGGUUCGGAGUCCAAAACUCAGGAGGAGACAAAUCAAACCACAGAUGAAAUUCUUGGUGAGGAGGAAGAGCAAGAGCCGGUGUUUGAUGGAACAGAGAUUCCUGGGAUGGCAGCUAACAGAAGUAUGUCCACUCGUUCUUUAGAUCUUGAUUCAGAGAACCAGGGGGUAGUUGAAAAGGCAGUGGCGCUUAAAAACCUUGUUAAGGUUAAAGGUGUAGUUGCAGUCUCCACAUUUCUGCGUCGCCUUUCUGGCAAAAGAGAUGAAGAUGGUGAUGCAGAAAACAAAGCUGCGCAGAGGGAGGAAGUCACUGAAGGACCAGCACAAGCUAUAGCCAUAAAAGGAAGAAUUAUUCUGUUCACAAGAUUAGGAUGCCAGGACUGCAAAGAGGCUAGGUUAUUUUUGUAUAGGAAGAAGCUCAGAUAUAUAGAGAUCAAUAUUGAUGUAUAUCCCAGCAGAAAGCUUGAGUUAGAGAAAUUUGCUGGGUCUUCUGCUGUUUCAAAGGUUUUCUUCAAUGAAAUCCUUAUUGGAGGCUUGAGUGAGCUAAAGGGCUUGGAUGAGUCUGGAAAGCUUGAUGAGAAGAUUGAAUAUCUGAUUAGUGAAGCACCGUCAUGUGAAGCUCCUUUGCCGCCACUUUCGGGUGAAGACGAUCUGUCCAGUAGUGGAGCUAUUGAUGAACUAGCUUUAAUUGCCCAGAAAAUGAAAGAAUUUGUUGAUGUGAAGGAUCGUUUUCAUAAAAUGCGCAGGUUCACAAACUGUUUUUCAGGUUCAGAAGCAGUGGAUUUCUUAUCAGAGGAUCAGUAUCUGGAAAGGGAAGAGGCUAUUGAAUUUGGGAGAAAGCUUGCAAGCAAACUUUUUAUUCAGAAUGUUCUUGAGGAAAAUCUAUUUGAGGAUGGGAACCACCUAUAUCGGUUCUUGGAUGAUGAUCCCAUUGUUUCUCAAUGUCAGAACAUUCCGAGGGGUAUAAUUGAUGUAAAGCCAAAACCCAUCCUAGAAAUUGCAUCAAGGUUGAGGUUUUUAUCUUUUGCAAUUCUUGAGGCCUAUGUGUCAGAGGAUGGAAAACAUGUUGAUUACAGAAGUAUCCAUGGAAGUGAGGAAUUUGCAAGAUAUCUGAGAAUAGUAGAAGAGCUUCAAAGAGUGGAAGUGAAGGAUAUGAAGAGGGAGGAGAGACUUGCUUUCUUUAUAAAUCUCUACAAUAUGAUGGCCAUCCAUGCAAUAUUGGUAUGGGGUCAUCCAACUGGAGCAAUAGAACGAAAGAGGUUGUUUGGGGACUUCAAAUAUGUUGUUGGUGGGUCCACAUACUCACUUUCAGCUAUUCAAAAUGGCAUUUUACGGGGAAACCAGCGACCACCAUACAACCUCAUGAAGCCAUUUGGUGCAAAAGAUAAGCGUUCAUUGGUGGCUCUUCCUUACCCAGAGCCUCUUAUUCAUUUUGCACUGGUUUGCGGUACUCGAUCUGGCCCUGCUCUUCGAUGUUAUUCUCCUAGUGACAUUGAUAAAGAGUUGAUGGAAGCAGCCCGUGAUUUCUUAAGAAAUGGAGGUCUUAUUAUAAAUUUUGAUUCGAAGGUUGCUUCAGCUAGUAAGAUUCUUAAAUGGUUUAGCAUAGAUUUUGGCAAGAAUGAGGUAGAGGUACUGAAGCACUCAUCAAACUACCUUGAUCCAGCUGUCUCGGAAGCUUUACUGGAGUUUCUUGCCGACUCUCAGUUGAAGGUGACGUACCAGCCUUAUGACUGGGGUUUGAACUGCUAACGACGUUAGUAUACCUUUCUCCCAUACCAUAUACAACUUUAAAUAGCUUCCUCUGUUUUCCAAAAUAUAGCAUGAGAGAAGUGAUGGAUAUGUACUUUCAUUAUUUCCAUUUGUAGUUUGAUAGACACACCAGAUGCAUUUUCCGAUAAAUAGUUUGGCGAGACGCAUUGAAAAUGUUCUUUUCUCAUAUACAUGAAACAUGAUGGUUUGGCUUAAAAUUACAACGAUGCAGUCUUAUGUCUUUUACCUUUUUACAAUGUAAUUUGUUUCUUUGGUCUUCUAAUCAUCAAAUACAUGACUAUUGACUGUCUAA